AUGAAAGACUCAAUUAUACCCAACAUACCCAAUUGUCCCACCCCUUCCAACUUGGAAGAGCAGCUCUUGAUCAAACAGUCGCAGGCCAUGAGACCAAUGAGUAAGUACCAAGAAUACUUUGCAGAAGAUAACAGUGGCAACGGCAGUGUCAAUUCAUUUGGCAAGUCUUUAAUUGCACCUGCACCGGCACCGGCACCGCCAUUGUCGCCUCCAUUGUCGCCAUACCAAAGAAACGCAGAGUUGAACACAACUUUAUUACCGCAGCAGCUCAAACGUCCAAUCGUGUUGCCGCCACCUUCAACCACGUCUUAUCUCGAUGCUUCAAAGGAGUUCAAAUUGGAAAACUACAAGGACUAUAGAUUGACAGUCAAUGUCAAGCCUACUGCCAACUACUACCAUGACCAAUUGGAGUUUCUCGAUAAAUAUGCAUCGCUAGCUUCAAGUGAAAGAAACUAUACCACGUCGUUACCAUUGAGAAAAUACAAGAAACGCACAAACCAUAGUAGCAAUUUGGGCACCAGUUUUUACGAUUCAAUGGAUGAAAUGAGCGAGGAUGGUUCGGGCAGAAAUGGCAUGCGUACAAGAAGAGUGGUAAAGACAAAGGAGGUUUUCGAUAAUAGUGAUUCGGAAUUUGCUCCACAACCAAAACAGAAAAAGAGAAAAGCCGCCACCACCACUGCUAAUCACAAUGCGACGUCGUCACCACUGACUUCAAAGUCAUUCACACCUUCAAUUCCCAUCGCUAUCCAACAGCAGAUGUUGAUCGACGAGAGCAUACCCGAUUACUCACCCGACGCCAAUCAAACAUUGCCACCAAACAACAGCAAAUGCCUCAAGAUUGAAUGGAAGGGCCAGCCAAUGGACUUGUCAAAUGACCCAAAUUUGCAAAAAUACCGUAAUUUACACCCUGCCGAGAUCCAAUUGGCAAGUAUAUUGAGGUUGCCCUUGGCGGUGUACGUUGACUCAAAGAGAAGAUUCUUUUUUGAAAAAGUCAACAAGAUCAAAUUGGGUAAGCAAUUUAGAAGAACCGAUGCUCAAAAGGCAUGCAGAAUCGACGUUAAUAAAGCAUCGAGAUUGUUUGCCGCGUUUGAGAGAGUCGGUUGGUUAAACGAUGCGUUAUUCACUCAAUAUCUUUAA